GUUUAAUUACGGUAAUAAUUUUUUACAGUUAUUUGGAACUUAAAAAUCAUAAUAAAUAUGAAAAAUAAAGGUUAUUUACAAUUUCUAGUUUUAAAUUUACUUCUGAUUUUGUCCAUAUCGUCAGGAGGAAAAUUGAAAGGACUAGAAAAUUUUGGCCGGGAAUUAUUUUUUACAUUAUCCAAUUACGAAGCUGAGGAAAAUCAUAUUAUAUCCCCACUUCCAUUAGCCUCAAUAUUAAUAUUAUUACGCAAUGAUGCUGAACGGAAAGGUGCUUUCGAAAUCACAGAUCAUUUAGAUUUGGCUGGUAAACCUGCCAAUAAAUUGCGUGAAGAUUAUUUGGAUUUAUACAGAAAAAUUAAUCAGACACAGCUCUUUGAAAUGUCAAAUAAUAUAAGCUUUAUGUAUCAUGAACAGAUUUCUGAAAAUAUCAUAAUGACUGUGGAUGAAACUAUUAAUUCCUGGUCAGGUUUUUAUGUAUGUUUUCAUUCAGAAGAAUUGACAAAUAUUCAGACUCCAUCAGGAACUCCAAUUUCGGAUUCACCUAAAGUAGAUAUUAUAAUAGACUCAAACGCCCACUUUAAGAAUCAACUAUUGUAUAAUAUUUCUCAAACUGACGAGGGAAUUUUCUAUCCUCUGCAUGGCGAUAAGAUUGCUAAGACAAUGUUACAUCAUAGAGCUCAAGUACGUUAUGGGGAGAUAUAUCAUUUAAGUGCUACAGCCGUUGAAGUGCCUUACAGUGAUGGUCAUACUUAUUUGGUGCUUUUAAUUCCCAACGAUCGUAAGGGUAUAAUACAACUGCAAGAUAAUUUGGAAAAAUAUCCCCUCAGUAAUAUAAAUCAAUAUUUAAGCAACGAUACGCUCAAUCUUAUAAUGCCAAUCAUAAAAGUUGAAGUGCGAUUACCACUGUAUAGUAUUUUUGAAAUUAUGGGCAUGACUGGUAUUUAUACAAACCUGUGCGAUUCUAUGGCUGAUAUAAAGCUUACGGAAUUCGAUUAUAGGGCAUCAUUUGAAAUCGAUAACCGAACUAAGGGAGAAGACACUUACAUCCCUGAUGACGAGGAAUAUCUUUCAGAAAUCCCAUUAAUAGUAGUAGAUCAUCCAUUUAUUUUUUAUAUAAAAUCAGAUGAAGAUGAUAUAUAUUUUAUGGGAAAAAUUGUGAAAUAAUGCAGUAAAAAUAUGAACAUUUAUUCAUUUUCACAUUU